AUGGAUGGAGAAAACGACGAUGUACAUCCUACCUCAGGUUCGCAUGUGAAAAACCUCCGAGUCCUUCCUAUACGUCUACUGGCAGCUACUCCAUCACCCUACGGCGGAGGACUGCUGGAUGCGUCAUUUAUCUGUCUACUCGGCUCAAAGAAUGAAGAGAUUCUCACAUUCUCCACCAGAAGACUCGUCCGUCUGACUGAGGCUAUAACUUCCGAUAGUUACACAGCUCCAGGAGUCAGCGAUAAUGUGUCGUCUGUAGUAUUAAGACAGACUCUUCCAGAUACCACGGAGGGCUUGGGAUUUUUCGAAUGUUCUGCAGUGACAGCCAGUAGAAUGACAUCUGUUCCUCUUGGCAUUCUUCUUUCUUCCCGUCAAUUGCAACCCAGUGAUGGUCGGUUUACAAAGACUAUACAUAUUGGAGACGAUAUCACACUCAGUGUGAUGAGCACGACAGGGAUGCUAGGUGAAUACGGGAUAAGAUGGCGGAAAUUGAAUGAUGUAGACUGGGCUAAUUCACUUAUUGAAAUGAGUUCUGACAGUCUAUCACACACGAUCCAAUCUGCAUCUGUCUCAGACGCCGGUGUGUAUGUGACGUACAUGGAUGGAACGUUGGAACUACAUCAAUUCAGCCUUAUAAGACUCAUCGUAAAGGAGUGCCCUUAUGGAAGAUGGAAUCCACCAUUAUGCGACCGUUUGUGUGACAGUUGUUAUAAUGGAGGUGUAUGCCACGAACUCUCAGGAACAUGCAUUUGUCCUCCUGGCCAUGCUGGAAAGAACUGCCUCCAAGCGUGUGGGAUGCAUAAGUUUGGCUGGGACUGUGAAUUUGAAUGUGGACCCGGUCAGCCUCUUGACAAGUGUUCUGGAAGCCAGAUCUGUCUACCUGAUCCUUAUGGAUGCACCUGUUUAGCUGGAUAUACAGGCAUCUACUGCAAUGAAAGUUAG